AUGCGCUCAUUUGCAGCGCCUCUGCUUCUAGGUUCGCUUGCCUCCAUCAGAGCGCUGCCACUGGGAGACAGGUGAGUAUAGCGAGACGCAGCAGAUGGGCAAUGGGCUGGCCUUUGUCGAUCAGCAUCAUGCCGAUGACACAUACGACCAUGAUCUUCAGCUCCGUUCUAGAUCGCUUUGUGAGUCGUCGUAAGGUACGUUGUGCUUGACAUGCUAUUGCGUCUCGGUCGUUGACCCAUCAAGAGCGGGUGACGUGGCAGAUUGAGCAAGCACCAAGCAUCGUCCAUUGGAGGGACGCCCAUGGCAAAGUUCGUCAUACGAUGGACGUGAAAAGCAGAAACUUUUCCCGUUUCAGCUACGAGGACAGGCCGGUAAGUAUGACCUCGGCCAAUUGGCAUCCCAUCGUGAGUUCCUGCGGAAGCGAUGCGCGUGGGAUGUUUUGCAAAAGAACAACGUCUAUGGUGUGUCUUGAGGUGACGCGUGGAUGAGUAGGCCAGCAUCUCAUUCUGCCUGUUCUUGCUUGCUUCAUUCGUGAUUGACUGGCAGUACAAGAACGCACAGAGAAACGGAUUGAAGGCUGAAGGUGUGACUGAGAGCGGAGCAAAGGUGCACUGGGAUGGAUCUUCGUGGACUGAAGAGGACUAA